AUGAGCGACAAGUCUAUUCUAGAGAAGGUACUUGGUCGGAGCUUUGUUCGUUUGUCUGGGUGGGGGCGUGAUCCUGUUGUUAUUAGUAACACCACGGGUACUAAUAGGAAUUCAAAUCACCCUACUUAUGAUGAAUUAGUGGAUGAUACUCAAAAUUUGAAAAGAUGUGCAAUUAUGGAACAACUGUUGAUUGAGAAAAAUAUCAUGCCUCCUCCUUCAAGUACAUCACCAAGACUAUCUGAAGGUGAUACAUCUGACUUUGAUACAUCUACCCACUCUGGACACGGAAAGUCUCAUGGUGAAUAUUAA